CCUGUCCCGUGUCUGUUUAGCUGGCAACUGAGGUCGAUGGUCAUUAAACCGCCUGGACAUGUGCUAUGUGUACUCGAAUCCGCUGAUUGUCACGCAAUUAUCCGGUCUCUAAACUAAAUCGAUAAGUUGGGGCGGUCGCGGGACCCUUGACCCACACUUUUGAGUAGCUCCAGACUUCCCGCAACAAAUGCGAGCCUCUGAAUUAUUGAUGAUGUGAACCCUUCGAUGGAACCUAUGGGACACUCCGAUAAUGGGGUCAAGGCACAGAGCACAUUAUAGUUAUGACAUUUUUGGCCAUUAUGCAUAUGCCGGAAUUAAAUUGGCUGUGGUUGGGGAAUGAAUAACUAUUGAAAGGAAUUUAUUAAGAUAUCGGGAAAUCUUUUUUAAUCUAUUAAAUAAUUUCAACAUUUCUACUCAUGAAGUUUAGCUUUUUAUUUUAAUGCUUCUAUAUGACUACUUUGACUAUUUUCAAGUUAAGUCUUUUUCUAGAUUAUCCUUAUCACCAGUUCAGCUAUAUCAACUCAUUGUUAUAUUGUCUGAUAAGUCAUAAACAGAUUAGGGACUCCUAUUUUGCAAACAAAGGUGUACAUUUUAGCUUACAUUCUUUAUGAGCUGUCAAAAUGCAUGGACUAAAGAUGAAUCCUCACUCAAGCUUCCAACGCGUGCUCCUCCUUCUCCUGAUCCUCCUGAAAAGCCGUUCUUUUGCAAUUGUUUGCUACCACUGCGAUUCCAUUGCCCUGCCGGAAUGUUCCCAGACCCUCGGAGAAGUGGGAGUUCUUCCCUACAAGGAGUGCCCCACCGAGCUGACGUGUGCCAUGUCCAUUGUGGACUCCAUCACAUACCGCGGCUGUGGAGCAGAAACCCCCAUCGCAGGAGCAGCUUACUCAAAAACUUGCUCAUCAAACCUGUGCAAUGCGGGUGUCUAUCCGCCGGGACGACUUAAAUGUCAUCACUGCGCUGGACAGGAAUGCGUGGCGGCUCCAGCAUCUAAGCCAAAACCCUGUCGCUAUCAUUUGGAAGAGGAUCAGUGCUACACGGAUGUUAUAAGUUCUUCAGAGGCGUACAGGGGCUGUGUCUCCGAGCAGAAUCACACGCUGUCCAAUGCCGCCAAGCUGUGUGACAUCAAUGGCUGUAAUGAAGACCAAGGUGCUUGGAUCCAAGUCUGCGCCACCUGCGAUUCAGCAAACAGCAGAGGCUGCAAGAUAGAUCUCUUUCAGGUCAACACCGGCAGGUGCAAUGUGAGCCUAUACGAAGAAUGCCAGCAGGAUGUUCUUUUGGGUGAGCAGGAGGACAAGUACUGCUUUAGCUUCCAAAGAUUAAGCCGCGUGGUCAGAGGCUGCUCUACAAAAAUGCCAUCAGACCUCGAGCCGUAUGUAGAGCAGCUGGAAAAGUGUAGAUCCGGUGGCCAUUGCAACGCUGGCUGCAUUGCGCAGCAGAAGUGCUUUACAUGCAACUCCGCGGAUCAGGAACUUUGCCGGACAAAUAUUACCUCUAUAGCUAAUAGCACUUGUAGCUCCGCUGAAGCCUCUUCCUGUUUCUCCUGUGAGUACUCAAACUGGAGUAUUCAACGGGGCUGUGGAGCACCGCCGACCAAUCCUCAAAUCACCAAGUGCUAUGAAUGCGAUGAUGGCGCUGGGUGUAAUAGAAAGGAUUUCACCCGGUGCUAUCAAUGCAGCACGGAGCAAGCUGGAGCAGGCUGUGCAAAUUGGGAAAGACCUGGCGAGAUAUACAUAGAAGAAUGCGCUGAGCCUGGUGCACCAUGUGUGGUGGUUUCCUAUAAUAACGGCACCACUGCUAGAGGUUGCCAAAAAUCGGACUUCAGCUGUACUUCCGCAAAUGUGGCCAGUUGUCGACCAUGCGAAGGAAGUUUCUGCAACAAGGGACCAUUCCCGGAGGAGCGCCUUUGGUGUCAUCAGUGUAGGGGAGUGCAGGACUGUGAGGAGAUCUCCAGGGGACAAACAGCUUUGCCUUGUCCUCUUCGAGGGAAUGAGCCAGAGCAUCAGGAAUUGGCCUGCUUGGAGUUCUUUGACAUCAACAGUAAAGAAAUUGUAAGAGGAUGCCGUUCCAAUUCCCAGCUAUACUAUGAAUGCCUUUUAAAGAGCAACCAUCUCGACAGUUGUCGCACAUGUCACAGUCAGGCAUGCAAUAAUAGUCCUGGCCAGGACUUAAGAGCUGCUUAUGAUCUGGAGACCAAGGCUUUGUCUUUGUUACAAGGCAAGAGUUCCGCAAUAUCCAUCGAAAUUGCAAAUGUUUGUUACGGAAUUUGGUUGUUGCUAAGCGCUAGCUAUCUUUCGAAUUAA